GUCAGAACUAGAUGAAUACUUUGGCACAAAGGUAAAAUAUCCUAAGAUGAACAAAAUUACAAUGAAUUUAUGUUAUCAUUCAAUAUAUUUUUCUCAUAAAAUUAUUGUAACACCCCAACCCGCAUGACCCAAACCCGUGAGACAGCGGACCGGUGUGCCACUGAAUUGGUAUCCGAAUUUGCAACAUUUUCAAAACAAUUUUAAACAAACGUUCUUUCAAUACAUAUAAAAAUCCAUCGGAGUAAUUUAAAAUAAUGCGGAAGCCUUUUUAAAGUCAAACAACUUGAGAUCUUGCCCAAAAACGUAAUAAGCAUUAAAGUUAAUUAAAUAAAGCAUAAUCAACAGAUUAAAGAGACAGCCACGCCAUCGUACAUCUCAUCCUCAAUGCCCUCUGGGAUCGGCUCUAGGUUCAUCUGUCUGAUCACCUACGGACAGCAAAAAGAAAAACAACGCUAUCCGCUCAGCAUUGACGCUGAGUGGUACUCCAUUGUAGCACAAGAAUAAACAUAAUAAUUCAAUGAUUAGAUCGUGCAUAUGAUUAUCCUUUUGAUAAAAAUCAAUUCAACUUUAAAUUCGGUUCUUUAGACGGUUGACCAACAGUCAACUUAUUUUCAUGAACUCUUUGACCACCGGUCAAACCAAUUUAGACUUUCACCAAAGACAAACCACUUAACAUUUAACGCCUAUGACGGAGAUAACCUCAAUCCGUAAUACCGAAGAUAGCCUCAAUUCGGUGGAGGUAGGAUCCCUCGGGCGAUAGCCUCAAACCCAAGAUCACAGACCCUCGUGCGCACGUCUUAACCUCACUAACCAGGCCCUGCAGCCGCCCGAGCAAUGACCAGUUUCUAUGGUCAACAUAAUAAACCAAUUGACCCUAAUUACCGAUUAGAAUUAAUUAAUUAACUUAACUAAUUCAUUAAACCAAAUUAUAGCAUAAACACAUAUAACGAUCCAAAUCAUUAAAUCUAUUCUAAAUGCUAUUAACUUCAUAGUACGGACCUGGAUUACGCCGAAAUCGAAUCGAUAGCUCGAACGGAAGACAAAUCAACGAAAUCAAACGAACGGGUCAAAUUGAGUCAAAAUACGAAAUCGACCAAUCAAUCCGGCGUGGAGGUUAAUUUGCCGGCGAUAUCAACUCGGGGCAGCGGCUGGAUGCGGCGACGGUGACGGACGCCGGCGACAGUGGCGGAGCGGCAGCUCGACGGCGAUGAGCAGCGACUGGCGGCGCUGCAAUCGACGGCGGCGGACGACCGACGAAGGCGAAACAGCGGUAUUGCGCUCGACGGCGAGGAUGGUCGCUGUGCUAAGGGCGACGGCGGCGCUCGAUUCCGGCGAAGGCGAAACAGCGGCGUUUGGCGACGUCCAGCGUUCGGCGUGGCGGUGUUGCAACUCGACGGCGAGAACGACGCCGGUAAUGGAGGCAACGACCGUGGCUCGAAGAUUGGGAAUCGUGGUCGGCGGCGCUGGACCUGGCGGUGAGCGACGGAGCGGCGGCGAUUGGCUGCGGCAAGGAGGCUCUGGCUUGCGCGACGCCGGCGUGGUCGAACGGCAGGGAGGACAAUCGGCGGCUUGCUGCUGCACUUGGGCGGCGAUGAUGGCGGCUUUCUCUUAUACCUCUGCCUUCAUUCCAUCAAAAAACAAUUCAAUCCAGGGCACACAACCCUACCUUCGACCCAAUUUUGAUUUUGUUUAGAGAAGAGAAAUCUAGGCCCUUGAUUUUCAUCCCAAAUCUUUACAAAAUCGCAGAUAAUUUUAAAAAAACAAAAUUGUCCUUUCACGACUCUCUUCAACUGCCCAGGAUCAAGCGAAUGCGGCAAGGAUGAUGCAAUUCGUCCCUUCAAGUCUGUGCUCAAAACCGAUAACCAAAACAGGUGCAAUCAAACCCAGUUCAACCGCCAACCUCAAUCACCAUGCAGAUGUUUAAACAGGGAGGCCCGCCGCUGACUCCGUCCAAAAUACCAAAACGACGGUGGACGAAGAACAACAUGGUGACAAAGCUAGCGAUGGCAACGACCGGAUCCUUAGAUUGUGGAUAUCGACGAUGAUUUGCAUCCGAGAAAUCGGUAAAUUGAUCUUCUUUAUAAUUUUCCUUUUGUUUCUCCUUGAUUUAUAACUCAAAUCAUAAUCAACCUGAAAAAGGUUCUACUUAUCCGCAAAUUCUCCAUCCCCAAUUAGUGAUGUUAAUUAGGGAGAUGUUAAAUAUAAACAGAUAUAAAAGGAAAAACAUUUUUAAUGAAAGGUGAAUACAAGACAUAUAUAUUUUUUAUAAGCAUACACUAAAGUCAUCACUAAUUGAGAUCAAUCAAGCUAAUAAAGUACAAAUCUUAUUUUUAUUGGCUGGUGUUUGAAAUGGUUUCCUUGACAAUUUUGACAAUUCUCAUUAAAGAACUGUUGUUGUGCUCUUCUCCUCUCUCUGAUUUCUUUCUUUUUUGAGUCUGAAAAUGAAAUAGGUAUCAAGAGGUCUUAUUAUGAACGAUUAAUUCUUCUAAUGUGGAGGAUGUUCAGUAGAAUGAUGAUGAGCUUUGGGUGCCAUCAACAAGGGAGGAUUUGGGUUAUGACUUGCGUCAUCAGAAGAAGAUGGAAUUCUAUAUAGAUGCAAAUCUAAGGGGUGAGUCAAAGUUUAAUUAAACUUGAUGUUUAUGGUUUUCUGAAUCUAAAAUUAAAUGCACAUAAUUAGUUUAAUGAAUUGUUAAUCAAAUAUAGGAUAAUUUAUCUAACAAGUACUGCUUGUUAGCCAAGUAUUCUGUACCAAGCGCACACUUAAACUUAUAAAGUUGUGCUUGGAAUUGGAUUGAACCUAUUUUUGAGCUCGUGCAUUUGCAAGUUGCAAUUGUGUUCUUCUUAAAGAUCAUGCAAUAUUGGUUGCAAGUGAUGUACGAAGAACAAAAAGGAACAUGUAAGAUAGGCCUAAGAGAGUGUGCGACCAGGCGAUGACGACAACCAGAGCAGACAACUCUGGUGUUUGGACAUCAAGGUAGCUAGACUUUCUUAUCUGGAACAAUAUCAUGGUCGGUGGUGAGUGGAUGCGGUAUAUAAGUUUGGGUCAAUUCCUAUUCAGGUACCUCUAUGGCUCUAAAGUUACUUUUAUAUGGCUUCGAAUUCUAUGGCAUACUCUAUACUAAGUGCAACAAACUAUUGGUUGUUCCUCUCUAGCUAACUUUAUUAUUUGACAUGUUUGAGAUAGGUAACCUCCAAAAUUGAUCAACAGAUAAGUAAAUGGGUCACCCAUUCAGGGGAACUUACCACCUAUAUGUUAGAAUUGAUAACAAAGUGUAGAUUAAUGUAAUUAAAUUGAUAGAGUAUAACUUUAAGGGCUGAUUUUGGGAGUGAAACAGCCCGGGAAUAUGAGUUUCAAGAUAAAUCUGAAGCUCUAGGGGUUAAUUUUUGAAUGGAAAUUGAUUUACAAGCUGAUUUUCAAAAGAAAAUUAAAGUUUUAGAGGCUGAUUUUUUAAAGGAAUCAGAAUUUAAAAUUGAUUUUCUUAGCCAAAGUGAACCUUUAAAAGCUAAGUUUGAAAAAGAAUUUGAAUUAGGGACUGAAUUUACAAUUUUAGUGGCUGAUUUUUCAAGAGUAUGGUGCUGAUGAUGAUUUUCAGAAGUAACUUGUACCUUUAAAGGCUGAUUUUGAAAA